CCGAAAGUUAUGCAAAUUGCGUGUAGUCAUGACAUUGUUGCAACAGUGUGCGUUGUAAACAAAAUUACUAAAAGGAAACAAAAUCGGCAUUCCUGCAAAUAUUACGCUCUGAAAAUGUUUUAUCACAUCUCCCUGGAACAUGAAAUUUUGCUCCAUCCACGCUACUUUGGGCCCCAACUCCUGGAGACAGUCAAACAGAAACUUUACACGGAAGUCGAGGGAACAUGCACAGGAAAGUACGGUUUUGUGAUUGCUGUGACCACAAUUGACAAUAUAGGAUCAGGAAUCAUACAGCCCGGUCAGGGAUUUGUCGUAUAUCCCGUCAAGUACAAAGCCAUUGUCUUCCGGCCAUUCAAGGGAGAAGUUCUGGAUGCCGUUGUGACGCAGGUCAACAAAGUCGGAAUGUUUGCCGAAAUUGGACCCCUAUCCUGUUUCAUUUCUCAUCAUUCAAUCCCCGCCGAUAUGCAGUUCUGCCCGAAUGGGAAUCCACCCUGCUACAAAUCCAAAGACGAAGAUGUGGUCAUAGCGGCAGAAGACAAGAUACGACUCAAGAUUGUGGGCACCAGAGUUGAUGCAACCGGAAUUUUCGCGAUAGGAACUCUAAUGGAUGAUUAUUUGGGUCUUGUUUGCAAUUAGAACAUUUCCAGAAUCAAGAAUCUUACGUAAGAUUUUCUAUUUGAAUAAAUUAACUUUACAAUUUA